GUGUCCUGUCCUUCCUCCCCUUCACAGGCUGGGAAGUGAGGCCUGUUGUCGGUGUGCACACACAAACACACACACCUGUGGAGUUUAAGUGUCCCAUCAGAGUGUUUCUGCAGAGUGGUUACAAAUGAGCGCAGGGACGCUUCUCAGCGGGGAGUCCUGUUGGACUUCACAGCUUCCGAAUCGCCCUUUUCUCACCUAACGAGUGCACUCACAAGGCCGCUGAUAAGACUGCAGACAAAAGGGGUUGUGUAAUGGAGUUGAGAGGGGGUUGGUUUGGAGAGAGAAGAUCUGCUUGAAAGAAGCUCACCUGGUUAAAAAGAAAAAAACUAAAGUUUGAGAUUUACGCACAACUUUUACGCGCAGCGUUUGCGCAGUAAAUGUUGCCCCGUGAUGUGGAUGAUUCACGUCCGUCUCCUUGUGGACACUCAGCCGGUGUGUGCGUGACCUGAGGCCCGGUGUUUGGCUCCACAGACGUUGGGGUAAGAAAAUGGAGCGUGUGCCUUUAAGGCGCCCGACUGCCUGUCGCUUUUUGCUGCGGAGAGACUGACGCCCUCUGGACACAGUGGACACUUGGAGCGGCGGCAGAACACCAAUCCUGGAGAAGUUCAAAGAGAGAGAAAACAGGCACACUCCCUCCUUUCAAAAAAAAAAGAAAAAAAAGGACAAGUUGCGGAUUUAUUAACAGCGUUGUGGUGUUUCCAGUGCCGUGCUGGUGAGCCAUCAGGAUGAGGCCUGGUCAGCUGAUCCUCCUCCCCGCUGCCACCACCACUACCACCACCACCACCACCACUUCCGCCGCCAUCGCCGUCGCUCUCCUCUUCCUCUUAUCAGGGCUGUCUCUGACCUCCGGAUGCAACAAAGCCCUCUGCGCGAGCGACGUCAGCAAGUGUCUCAUCCAGGAGCUGUGCCAGUGUCGUCCGUCUGACGGGAACUGUUCGUGCUGUAAAGAGUGCAUGCUGUGCCUCGGUAACCUUUGGGAAGAGUGCUGCGACUGCGUGGGGAUGUGUAACCCGAAGAACUACAGCGACUCUCCGGCCACGUCGAAGAGCACCGUGGAGGAGCUGCACCGUCCGAUCCCCUCGCUGUUCCGCGCCCUCACGGAAGGCGACGCCCCGAUCAACAUGAUGGUGGUGUCCUUCCCCGUCGCCGAGGAGCUCUCCCACCACGAGAACCUGGUGUCCUUCCUGGAGUCGCUCGACAACCAGCACCAGAACGUCUCGGUGCCUGGCAACAGCAUCCACGCCAGCUACGACACUCAAGAAAACAUGUGCACGGUGGUCUACUUUGAUGACUGUGUGUCCAUCCGGCAGUGUAAACAAUACUGUGAGUCAAUGGGAGGAUCCAAGUAUCGCUGGUUUCACAACGCCUGCUGCCAGUGCAUCGGACCUGAGUGCGUGGACUACGGCAGCAAAGCCGUGAAGUGCAUGAACUGUCUCUUCUAAAGUGCGGGCACACGUUGGUAUCAAAUGUCUGGUUUCAUACCAGUGGACUGAGGGCAGAGGAAACUAUGACUGUUAUGUGUUAGCAUUCCUCAGUUACCUUGUAAAAUACCCCCUUACACCGCUCCUUCUACCCCUGCAAAUUGUUUUUAUUCUGCUGUUAUGUUUCACUGUAUAUUUUUAGAUACGUUUUCAAUAGUGUUUUUUUUUGUUUUUUUUUUACUAGAGGUGUAUAUGAAUAAUGUAUUUUUACAAUUAUGGUCUGCUAAAUUCCACUCUCGUGCCAAAUAAAGAAAAGUUUGGUGACAUGGA